AUGGAUCCGAACAAUAACAACAAUAAUCGCAUGAACAUGAACUACGGUUACAAUGACCGCAAUUAUAAUGCGGCGAACAACCGAGCCUAUCCCACGACUCCAUCCGCGUUCCCCCAACCCAUCUACCAGAACCCAGGAGCGCAGGAUUUUGUUGAUCCCUCAAAUCCAGCAUAUGCGCCUGGGUACUUUAUGCAACAUCCUUACAAUGCCCAGAAUCAGUACGCUCAACAGCAGCAGCAGCAGCAACAACAGCAGCAGCAGUAUGCGCAGCAGCAGGCCCUGCAGUCACCUCAACCAGCCUACCAGACCCGACCAGGCUAUGCCAACGAUGCCACAAACGGCUUGAUUCAGCAAUUCUCCAACCAGGACUUGAAUGCCAAUCGCGGAGGCUUCUUCAACCGAGCUCCUUCCCCGGCCUCUCGUCCUCGAACCGCCGGGGGUUCACCAGCAGGCCAGGCGCAAGCUGCACACUUGGUUCCUCCGAUGCCUCGGAGCCCUCGCCCCCCCUCAGAGCAUGAGGAGCUGCAACGCUACCCGGAUCGGUAUUCGGAGAAUGUCCACAAGCGCGGCAAGGCCGCGAAGGAGUUGGUGACCGUAUUCUUUCAUGAGAACAUUGAGCGCGCUCGCGAUCGUAACAUGCGCUCCGUCGACCUGGACAAGACCCUCCAAGACUCAAGCAUCCCCGCAAGCAAGAAGCGCCAGGAGGCGGAAGGGAUCUCAAAGAGAGAAUCGGACUUCCUCCGAUUCCUCCGCACAAAGGAGACGCCCCAGAACUUCCAGACUAUCAAGAUCAUUGGAAAGGGUGCUUUCGGAGAGGUCAAGCUGGUGCAGCGCAAGACGGAUGGCAAAAUCUAUGCACUCAAGUCGCUCAUCAAAUCAGAAAUGUUCAAAAAGGAUCAGCUGGCGCACGUCCGUGCCGAGCGUGACAUUUUGGCAGACUCCAAGGACAACCCUUGGCUGGUGAAGCUGCACGCUUCGUUCCAGGACUCGGCAUACCUCUAUUUGCUCAUGGAGUUCUUGCCCGGUGGUGAUCUGAUGACGAUGCUGAUCAAAUACGAGAUCUUCUCGGAGGAUAUCACACGCUUCUACAUGGCCGAGGUAGUCAUGGCUAUCGAGGCUGUCCACAAGCUUGGAUUCCUUCACCGUGAUAUCAAACCUGACAACAUUCUUCUCGACCGCGGUGGCCAUGUCAAAUUGACCGAUUUCGGUCUCUCCACGGGCGGCAAAAAGACCCACGAUAACGCUUACUAUCAGAACCUCCUGAAGAACUCGACGUCAAAGGAUCGUAACCGCAAUUCUGGAUACUUCAACGACGCCAUCAAUUUGACCGUUUCCAAUCGUGGCCAGAUCAACACGUGGCGUAAGUCUCGCCGUGCGAUGGCAUACUCAACUGUCGGAACCCCCGAUUACAUUGCACCCGAAAUUUUCAACGGCCAGGGUUACACAUAUCUCUGUGAUUGGUGGUCCGUGGGGGCCAUCAUGUUUGAAUGUCUCGUAGGCUGGCCGCCAUUCUGUGCGGAGGACACGACCGAUACCUACCGCAAGAUUGUCAACUGGCGCGAGUGCUUGUACUUCCCCGACGAGCUGGUCCUCUCCCGCGAGUCCGAGUCGCUGAUUCGAAGCUUCUUGUGUGAUCCUGAGCACCGUAUCGGCAGCGAGGGCGGACAGCAUGGCGGUGCCACGCAGAUCAAAAAUCAUCCGUUCUUCCGCGGUGUGGUGUGGGAUCAGCUGCGCAGCAUUCGGGCGCCGUUUGAGCCCCGUCUCAGUUCGAACAUCGAUGUGUCAUACUUCCCCAUCGACGAGAUCCCUCAAGAGGACACGAGCGCCAUUCACCGUGCCCAAGCGCGGGCCAUGCCCGAGUCUCAAGAGGCCGAGAUGAGCUUACCAUUCAUUGGUUACACGUACAAAGCCUUCAAUGCUUUCCAGAGCAGCUAA